CGUAAUCCGACGUGAGGUGACAGGUCACGAAAGUGGCGCAUGGCGGAGUAGGAUGUAAACAACACUGGCAGAGAAAUAAGAGCUAUGAGACUUCUGAGUGGGGCGGCGAGGUGUGUUUUAAACACGUACUCCCGUUGUGCACCACCAGGGGGCAGAAGAGAGUUCUGGGGCUGGCUCAACGCCGUCUUUAACAAGGUUGAUUACGAGCGGAUUAAGGCAGUCGGUCCAGACCGUGCGGCCGCUGAAUGGCUCCUAAGGUGCGGGGCCAAAGUUCGUUUCCGUGGUUUCGACCGUUGGCAACACGAUUACAACGGGCUCCCGACUGGGCCACUCGGUCGAUAUCAAAUCCAGGCCAUCGAUGCCACAGAAUCCUGCAUCAUGUACCGGGGAUUCGAUUACCUGGAUGGUCUGGAGCAUGUAGAGGAGAUAAAGCUGCAAAAGUGUAUAUAUAUAGAGGAUACAUGUCUGGAGCGUUUAAGUAAGACAGAGAAGCUGCAGAACAGCAUGAGGACGAUGGAGAUCGUCUCCUGUGGCAACGUGACAGACAGAGGCGUCAUCGCUCUUCACCACCUGAGGAACUUGGAGUAUUUGUUCCUUAGUGAUCUACCAGGUGUGAGAGAAAAAGAAAAAACCACAAACGUACUGCAAACUGCACGACCCAAUCUCACCAUAGAACUUGACCUGGCUUAAACCACCAUAGCCUUUUUUGCAGCAUUGACUGACAAAUCAAUACCCUGAGUUUGGAUGCAACGAUUACAGAAAAAUAUCUGUGUUCUUGAGGAACUAAUAUGUGAAGUCUAAUAUUAAAGAAGCAAAGUAUAGACUGUAAUAAAUAUGUAUUGCUGUUUGUGUCUGUAUGAAAAUCCUUUGAUUAAAUAUUUUCUCUGUUA